GGCUGUCGCGGGCAGUCUAGUCAGGUGUUUCUGAAAGCGAACAUUAGGAAAAGUUUUAUCGAAACUACGUGGUAUUUUUCCUUAUUGAUAAAUAAAGACACAACAGCAUCAUGCUCAGACGGAUAUUACAAAUGACUCCUGGGAAGGGAGGCUCCCAGAGCUCUGAGUCAGAGCCUCCAUCUGCAGACCUGAACAGCGAGCAGACGUCUGAGGGUUUCAUAUGCCCUCAGUGCAUGAAAUCCCAUAACUCGGCAGAGGAACUGUUCAAGCACUAUGAGGUUUACCACGAGUCUGCAGAUCAGCCCUCACCCUGGGCCUCUGGAAGGGAGGACAUGGUGCUGCUCAGACAGGAGGUGCAGGACCUGCAGGUCUCGCUGAAGGAAGAGCGGUGGUUCUCUGGAGAGCUGAAGAAGGAGCUAGACAAAGUUCAAGGGCAGCUGAAGCAAGGUGAUGGCCAACCUGGUUCAGAGGAUUCAGCCCUGGAGAUUAAGCUCAACGAGGCGGAGACGGAGAAGUUCAACAUCAAACAGAUGAAGGACCUGUUCGAACAGAAAGCUGCCCAGCUGGCCACGGAGAUAGUAGACAUCAAGUCGCGCUACGAUGAAGAGAAGAGCUUACGCGAGGCAGCCGACCAGCGCGCCUCCAGUCUGAGCCAGGAGCUGCAGAGAGAGAAGCAGGAGAAGGAUGAGCUCAACACUGAGCUGCUCCAGCGUCCGGGCCAGGAGGACGUGGAGGUGCUGAAGAAGGAGCUGGUGCAGGUGCAGACGUUGAUGGACAGCAUGACGCGCGAGCGUGAGGACGAGUCCGAGCGCCUGAAGAGCCAAUACGACGAGCUCCUCGCCAACCACACUACCUCAGAGAAAACCAUCUCCCAGCUGAAGGCUGAGCUGGAGAAGGGGCCCCAGGAGGCUGCUGUGUACACCCAACAGAUUCAUGAGCUUCAGAGCAACCUCAACAACCUCCAGCAGCAGAAUCAGAACCUGUCGGAGCGGCUGAGCAAGCGGGAGCGCGAGAGCCAGCAGCUGGAGGAGAGCGUGUCCGAGGGCCAGGCCUCGCUGCGGACCCUUCAGGCCCAGCUGCAGCAGCGCCACCUGGAGGCGCAGGAGGCGUCAGCACGGGCCGCCCAGGCGGAGGCGGCUCUGGGCCGGACUCAGGCCGAGCUGGGCGAGCGCGGGGAUGAGGCGGCGCGGCUGAAGCGCGAGGUCGGCCAGCUGGAGCAACAGCAGCAGGAGCUGAAGGCCGAGAGGAAACAGCUGCAGCAGCAGCGCGAAGAGAAGGAGAGCCAGGGAGCGCAGCAGCAGAGCCAGAUCAGCCAGAUGCACGCUAAGCUGCUGGAGGCGGAGCGUCAGCUGGGGGAGCUGCAGGGCCGUCUGAAGGAGCAGCGGCAGCUCUCCGGCGAGAAGCUGAAGGACCGCGAGCAGCAGGCCGCCGACCUGCAGCUCAAACUGGCCCGCUCCGAGGAGCAGCUGAAGGAGAAUGCUACUAAGACCACAGAGCUGCAGCACCAGCUGGAGAAGGCCAAACAACAGCACCAGGAGCUGCAGACGCUCCAGCAGAGCACCAACAGCAAGCUGAGGGAGGCCCAGAAUGACCUGGAGCAGGUCCUGCGUCAGAUCGGGGACAAGGACCAGAAGACCCAGAACCUGGAGGCCCUGCUGCAGAAGAGCCGUGACAGCGUGAGCCAGCUGGAGGCCGAGAGGGAGGACCUGUGUGCCAAGAUCCAGGCUGGCCAGGGCGAGACGGCCCUCCUCAACCAGCUGCAGGAGAAGAACCACACGCUGCAGGAGCAGAUGGGGCACCUGACGGAGAAGCUGAAGAACCAGUCGGAGAGCCACAAGCAGGCGCAGGACAACCUGCACGAGCAGGUGCAGGAGCAGAAGACGGCCAUGCGCACGCUGCAGGACCGCUGCCAGGCGCUCGACAGCGCCAACGGGGAGCUCACCUCGCAGCUCGGGGACAGCCGCGAGAGGGUCGCCCAGCUGGACACGCAGCUGAAAGCCAAGACAGAGAUGCUGCUGUCGGCUGAGGCGGCCAAGAACGCCCAGAGAGCCGACCUCCAGAACCACCUGGAGACGGCCCAGCAUGCACUGCAGGACAAGCAGCAGGAGCUGAGUAAGAGCCAGGUGCAGCUGGAGGAGCAAGGACAGCGGCUGCAGGAGAAGCAGGAGCACUGUGUCCAGCUGGAGGCCGGCCUCAAGGAGACCAAGGACAAGCUGCUGACCUCCGACCAGCUCACUGACGCCCUACAGGCCCAGGUUAAGAAAGCGGAGCAGGAGCUGUCGGAGCUGCGCUCGUGGCAGGAGCAGGCGCAGCAGGGCCAGCAGAAGCUGACGCAGCAGGUGGCAGAGCUGGACGGGAAGAGCAAAGAGCUGGGACGCCUCCUCGGAGAGGAGAAGCAACGUGCUGUGUCCCUGCAGGAGGAGCUCCAGAAGCGCUCCUCGGCCCUCUCCGAGGCACGGCAGCAGCUGGACGGCAGCCAGCAGGAGCGCGCCGGCUUGCAGGCCCGCCUGGACUCCCUCACCCAGGAGGGGCAGGCGCGGCAGGCCGAGCUGGACAAGAAAGCCCAGGGCCUGGCCGCCGACCUCCAGAAGGCCCAGCAGCAGAAGGAGGCCCAGGCCAAGGAGCUGGCCAAGACCAAGGAGGGCCUGGCCAAGGCCUCCAAGGCCCUGAAGGAGAGCCAGAGCCAGCUGGACAAGGAGAAGAAGAGCCUGGAGGCCAGCCUCAGUGAAAAGGAGCAGGCUCACCAGAAGGCCAUGCAGCAGCUUCAGAAAACUGCUGAUACCACAGCCAAGGAGCUGACAGAUGUCAAGACUCAACUUCAGAAGUUGACCGAGGCAGAGAAGGGGCUGAAGUCACAGGUGGCUACAGUAAAUGCCCAGCUUACGCAAGCUCAGGACACCCUCAAAGCCAAGGACAAAGAGAUGCAACAGCUGCAGGCACAGCUGAAGACAACCCAAGGGUCCUUCAACCAGGAACUGAAGAAACUGGAGACCCAAGUGUCGGAGCUGCAGGCCGCCCAGGCCAAGAAGGCGGAGGAGGAGGUGAAGCUGAAGGAGCAGCUCUCCUCCGUGUCUAGUGAGCUGAGCUCGGAGAGGAGUCGUGCUGUGGAGCUGCAGCAGAGCCUGGAGCAGCGCCAGCAGAGCCUGGCCACCCUGCAGUCCGACUGCUACGGCAAAGAGUCCGAGCUCUCCGCACUCCGCCAGGACCUCAAGGCGUCCGGUGAGAAGCUGGCGCUAGCGCAGGAGGAGCUGAAGGCCAGCCGUUCCCACCUGAGCAGCCGUGAGGCCGAGCUGCAGCAGCUGAAGAGCAGCGGAGCGACUCUGCAGCAGAAGCUCAAGGAGAGCGAGGAGAGCAGCCGCAAGCAGCACAGCACCCUGGGAGAGCUGCAGAAGAAACAGGCCCAGACGCAGGAGGAGCUGCAUAAGGAGCGUGCUCAGGUGGAGGAGCUGACAGCAGCCCAGAGCGCUCUGGAGAAGGAGAGGAGUCGCCUGGGCGCCGAGCUCAAAUCUCUGAGCGAGAAGUCCGACAAGGAGCUGAAGGAGCUGCAGGCGGCUAAGCAGAUGCUGAUCCAGGGGAAGCUGGAGCUGCAGGGCCGGGUGGAGGCGGGGCAGGCGGCGCUGGAGCAGGAGCAGCGCGAGCACCAGGCCACACGCCACGGGUUCAGCGCCAAAGAGGAGCAGCUCAAGGCCGACACGCACAAGAUCCAUGCCCAGAUGGCGGAGGAGGUGCGUGCUCGCGAGGAGCUGCAGAAGGAGAAGGAGGAGAGCGAGGUGCGGCUGGGCCUGCAGCUGUCGGCGCUGAACGAGAACGUGGCCACGCUGAAGCGCGAGUGGCAGGGCAGCCAGCGCCGCGUGGCCGAGCUGGAGAAGCAGACGGACGAGCUGCGCGGCGAGAUGGCCGUGCUCGAGGCCACCGUGCAGAACAACCAGGAUGAGAGGCGCGCCCUGCUCGAGAGGUGUGUGAAAGGCGAGGGGGAGAUGGAGAAGCUUCAGGGGAAAGUGGUGGAGAUGCGCAGGAAGCUGGACGAUACCACCGCCGCCAUGCAGGAACUCGGCCGGGAGAACCAAUCACUACAGAUCAAGCAGUCCCAGAGUUUGACCCGAAAGUGGGCAGAGGACCACGAGGUGCAGAACUGCAUGGCUUGUGGGAAAGGCUUCUCGGUCACUGUCAGAAAGCAUCACUGCAGGCACUGUGGUAACAUCUUCUGCAACGAGUGCUCCACCAAGAACGCCCUCACGCCCUCCUCCAAGAAACCUGUCCGAGUGUGUGAGACAUGCUUCGAGGAGCUCCAGGGCUGACCUUCACCCAACACACACACACACACACUCACACAACCUCCCUCCCUCACACACACACACACACACUCACACAACCUCCCUCCCUCAAACACACACACACACACUACACAAACUCACACACGCUCACUCACUCACUCACUUACACACACACACAGACACACACAGACACAUGCACACUGUGUGAACACACGCACUAGCUGAGGAGCAGAGGACUGCACUCUGCACUGAGAAGAGCUGCUGCAGAGGAAGGACACUGGAGCAGCACCAUUGAGA